GGACGAAGAAGGAGGGAGGAGGGAAAAAAGAGAAACUCUUUAGUUCUGAGGAGUGGAGUUUUUCAAACUUUUGGGAUUUGCCUAGUCUCUCAAAGAAGCAUUCCGUAUUUCAAGAAGGCUUCGAAAGAAAGGACAAGCCCAUGUUAUAAAACUAACCAAGACCUUAACGCAAGUCCUUCUCCAGUAAGUGGAAAAAGGUUUGCUGGAAUGGGUAAUCUUCUUAAAGUCCUAACAAGGGAAAUAGAAAACUAUCCACAUUUUUUCCUGGACUUUGAAAAUGCACAGCCCACAGACUGUGAAAAGGAAGUGUGGAACCAAGUCAAUGCAGUGCUGCAGGACUCUGAGAGCAUUCUGUCUGGCCUCCAGGCAUACAAGGGAGCUGGGCAAGAGAUAAGAGAAGCAAUACAAAAUCCAAAUGAUAUCCAUCUUCAGGAGAGAGCAUGGAAUUCUGUCUGUCCAUUAGUCAUACGCCUCAAGAGGUUCUAUGAAUUUUCUUUGAGACUAGAGAAAGCAUUACAGAGCCUCUUGGAGUCACUGACAUUCCCACCCUACACACCAACACAACAUCUGGAGAAAGAGCAAGCUCUGGCAAAGCAGUUUGCCGAGAUUCUUCACUUUACACUUCGUUUUGAUGAGCUGAAGAUGAGAAAUCCAGCUAUUCAGAAUGACUUCAGUUAUUACAGACGGACAAUAAGCAGAAACAGGAUAAAUAACAUGAACUUAGACAUUGAAAAUGAAGUCAACAAUGAAAUGGCCAACAGAAUGUCACUCUUUUAUGCAGAAGCCACUCCAAUGUUAAAAACUCUUAGUACUGCCACAACAAACUUUGUGUCUGAGAACAAGACUUUACCUCUUGAGAACACAACGGACUGCUUAAGUACUAUGGCCAGUGUAUGUAAAGUUAUGCUGGAAACACCGGAUUACACAAGUAGAUUCAACAGUGAAGAUACCUUGCUGUUUUGUAUGCGAGUCAUGGUUGGUGUCAUCAUUUUGUAUGAUCAUGUUCAUCCAGCUGGUGCCUUUACAAAGACAUCAAAAAUUGAUAUGAAGGGCUGCAUAAAAGUUCUGAAAGAUCAGCCAGCAGACAAUGUGGAGGGUCUUUUGAAUGCACUCAAGUUCACCACAAAACACCUGAAUGAUGAGACAACUCCAAAAGCCAUCCGAGCAAUGCUUCAGUAACAAUUUUUAUAUGAAGAGGAUCUAUGUUCUGACCUCAGAAGAUGUAUAUGUUUACAUAAUUUAAAAGACUUGAUGUUAAUACUUGUGUGUAUUUACAUAGCUAUUCCAUCCUAGUUAAUGAUACUUAUAGAAAAUAUGCCUUUAUUCUAAAACCAAUUGCCAAUACUAUUGUUUGUUGAAGCACAAAUUAAUUAUACCUUACAGCCUUAUAAACUGAAACAUGCAAAACUGCUUGGCAUGCGACUGCUUUUUAUUUUUUUUAUUUGCGUUCCAAUUCCCCUAAUUGACAAUUUUACAGAAAAGAAUAGCAAAAAAGAUUUUCUCUUUUAUUCAGGGAAACUUAUACCAGGUAGCAAAUGUAUUAUUUUAUGCAUAGACAUAUUUUUGGUGUGUUUUGGUGUUUAAAUGGGUGUUUACAGGAAAGGAAAGGCCCAAUUUGCCUUUGAAAUUACCAAAUUUUCAAAACAAGUUGUGUAUGUGUAGGGGACAUUGUUGUUGAUUGGUAUCUAAUUGCUAUGAUUUAAAAAAAGAUGUAGCUUUAAUUUAAAAUUGAGAGACAUAAAAUGGGACUUUUAAAACAUAAGAAAUAUUA